AGGGAAAUUUGACAAUAUAUGCUUAAAUAUAGCAUAUAUUGUUUUAAUAUACUAUGUAAAAAAAAAUUAAAAAAAUACUCUCCAAUUAAUUAUAAUCCCAACUUUACCCUCCCUAUUUCAAACUUUCACUCUCUCUCUCUCUCUCUCUCUCUCUCUCUCUCUCUCUCUCUCUCUCUCUCUCUCUCUCUCUCUCUCUCUCUCUCUCUUUCUCUCUCUCACGCAAACCAGACAACCCUAACCCCAGUCACCGGACCACCCCUCACUCACCGGACCACCCACGACACCCACCCCUCACGCAAACCAGACAGCCCUCACCCCACUCACGGACCACCCCCUCACCACCCGACCCCAGCAUCCAGAGGAAAUCGCGAAACCCAUCUCAGACGACAUCGCGAACUCUUCGAAGAAGAAAUCGUGAAACCCCAGACGAGAUCGAGAAACCCCCAUUCGCGACACCCCCAAACGAAACCCAGAUCCAAAACCUUAAAAAAAGAUGGCUCCUGAACUUAAACUUCCAAUUACCUCUCAUUUCACGGGACGUCUUACCUAUCGGGGUACAGAUAGGUUCAGAUAUAUCAAGGCCAAGUUUACUGAGAUGGAUUUGGUUGAGACAGUGAAGGCUAGUCCUUUCGGACACUUUUGGGAAGCUGGAGAGUUAACUUUCUGUGGCGCGUUGGUCCACAGCCUCCUCUUACGAAAAAUGAAAGUGGACACAGAAAAGGAGGAUGAGGUUUGGUUUCAUGUAGGGAGAAAUGACAUAAGAUUCGGACGGAUAGAGUUUGGACUCAUUACUGGCUUACCUAUGGGUAGUGCCCCUACAGACGAGGAAAUACACGCCAAGUCCAACGACCAUCUAGUUCGGACUUAUUUUGAAGGGAAGAGUUCUGUUCAGUUGGACUCCCUUAUGCUCCAACUUGAGAGGUGCGAAGAUAAAGAUGAUGCCUACAAGCUUGGGUCGAUCGCUUUCAUUGAAGGUGUAUUAGUAUCAAAGGAGGGCAAUGUCCAAGUUUGGCCUGAGAUGUUGAAGUUUGUUAACGAUCUCGACUUCUUCUUUAAGUAUCCGUGGGGCGAGCGCGCUUUUCGUAAGCUGAUGGAGACAUUAGGAAAGAAUAUGCAACAUUACAAGGAUAAUGUUGACAAGAAGAAGGGAAAGAAGAUUGCUCAGGAGGCAAAGUACACAGUUAGUGGCUAUGUACCUGCCUUUCGAUCGGGCAUACGAAGCAAUUGA